AUGGCCUUGGAGACCGAGAGGGGGUCUACAGCGUCUCCAACGCCUCAAGGGAACCCUACCACUCCUGCAGCUGUGACAACGCCCAACUCUAUAACCAAAGUAACGAGUAGUAAUACUGAAGCAACCACAGCGUUGGUUGUCGCAAAAAUAACAGCCCCUGGACAGGUUGAAGAAGUCUUCAAAGCUGUCACCGAUGCUAACAUUACUGUAACCUUUGAGACAGCGUCCACAGCGCUCAAUGUCGUUGACAACCUGACACAACAGUCAUCAGGGCAAUUGAACAAAGAGGAUAUCGACAGCAUCAAGGGAACCUUGUCUGCCGUUUCAUCCCAAGCAGCCUCCACGAAAGAAACGGCUCAGACGUUCUUGGACAUUGUCAAAACCAUUCUUGUACCGAACGACACUUUGACGGAUCCCGAUACAGUAUCUUCAGAGAAUUCGACAUCCGCAAAGAAGCACGCUAGUAGCAUUAUGGAACUUCUUGAAUCAUUCGCUUCGGAUGCAGCUAAAAACCUCUUAUCACCAGCCAAGAAGAAGGUCGUCAUACAGAACGAUGAAUUAGUUCUACAAUUAACAAAGAUCUCACCAGAAGACACCGCAAACAUCACAGAGCCAGUGAUAGUGAGUGUGAACUCCAGUAUGAAUGAACUUCACUUCCCACCAGCCGUCUUCAGAGGGAGAAAUGUCACCAUCAGCGCAGUGGUGUUCAACAAUCUUCAUCUGACAUCAUCGUCCCAGCUUGGCGGACUCCAUGGCAACGACACACCCACCAGCGUGGGGUCAAAGAUCAUGUCAAUCCAGGUCGAGGCGACUGACGGGUCAGAGGUCACGUUCAGUGCCAAUGAUCCGAUUGAACUGGUCUUAGAACUGAACGAGGAUGCAAAUACAACAAACACUCAAUCCUUGUGUGUCUUCUGGGAGUUUCUAGAAGAUGAGGAAUCAGGAGGGGUGUGGUCAACAGUCGGUUGUUAUAGGAACCAAACCAAUGGCUCGCAGAUCACGUGUCGUUGUGAUCACCUGACUAAUUUUGCUAUUCUCCUGCAAGUUAACCCAAAUCCGGUGGUAUUAUCCCUUGCACACCGAGUAACAUUGGAUAUGUUAACCUACAUUGGUUUGGCCCUAUCCAUAGCAGCUCUAGUAUGUUCACUCUCCACGUUCGUUUUACUCAAGUAA